AUGUUGUUGAAAUAUUAUUCCGUCGUGAUACUGUGUUUUUCUUUUGUCAACGGAGAAGAACCUGGAGAACCUAAAUGUUUUUCAAGGUUUGACUAUGACGAGAAAAUGUUAAUGAAACAAUUAAGAUUCGAAGACAAAGUUCAGAAAUUUGAGGAUUUUAUUAAUGGGAUAAAAGCGCGAGAAGCAAAAGAAAAAGAGAAACGCGAUAAAUUGUUUGCCUUAGAGUUAGAGAAAGUUAAAAAGUUUAAUAACGGAGCAAAGGCCCGAGAAGCCAGGGAAAAAGAAGAACGCGAUAAAUUGUUUGCUGCAGAGUUAGAGAAAGCUAAAAACUUUCAGAGGCUUAUUAAUGAAGUAAAGACAAGAGAAGAAAAGGAAUUUAGAGGUGGACGAAAAGUCGUGGCUUUCACAGUGACCCAACCUAAGAAGGGUGCUACAUCAACAUCUAUGUCCUUUACAAAAGUCAUUACAAACGAAGGGAACGCGUUUGAUACAUCGACUGGCAAGUUCACGUGUCCUGUUAGUGGACUCUACUACUUUUCCCUACACAUCAUCAAAAGACGGUCACCCAGUAUCGGCUAUGCCGGAUGUUACAUUAAACUGAACGGAACAGAUAAAGUAAUAGCUUUCAAUAAUCCACAGGACGGGUCAAAUGGUGCAGACUACGGAAAUUUACGGAAGUCUUCGACGUCGGUGUAUUUAAUAAAAGAAUGA